AGGUUCAUUGUGAGCUUUGUGAAAUUAGCCUGUGUAAGGCCUGUGAAAAAGAGCACCGUUCUGAUUCAUCCAAAAGACACAUUAUUGUCCCAUACAGAGAUAGAGCUCCAGCUCCUAACUAUCCAAAAUGUCCAAAACAUUCUCAGAAUGAAUGUAAAAUUUACUGUGAUAAAUGUGUCCCAUCUGUUCUACCUGCAUCUCUUCUGAUAAACAUCACGGGCAUAAAACAACAGACAUUGUACAAAAACUCAGUUCUAAAACAAAGGAUUUAAAAAGAAAUUUAAAAGAACUAGAAACAAACAUAUAUGUCACUUACAAAGAAAUUGCAUUAGACAUCAAGGCUGAAAAAGCUUCUUUUGAAAAACAUUUUGAGAGACUGACAACAGCUGAUACAAAACAAGGAAAAGACUGGCGCAAAGAAAUUAACAUCAUUGUCAAGAAACAAAAAUCUGAAAUUGAUGAGAUGAAAACUAAACUCCUGGUUGCUCUUGAUGAACAUGAAAAGAAAAUAAAAAAGGAAAUUUCUGAAAUAAAUCAGAGCAUUCUUGACCUGAGGAAAAUACUGGACUCCAGUGAUAUCUCCCUAAACUUUGCAUACAAAUCCAGGAAUGCUGAAUUCAGAAGUUUGCCUCCUAAAAUCAAGGUUUCAUUUCCAGUUUUCUAUCCUCGCCAGAUCAACACAGUACAGCUCAAUCAAAUGUUUGGUUCCCUCUCAGAAUUUUCCAUUUCAACAGACGAACAUGGCAACAUCAUGAAAACACCAAUCAAAUCAUUGCUCGAUGAACCUGAGCUCAUCACCACCAUAGACACUGGCCUAAGACUACUCAGUAUUUCCUGUCUCAGUGAUGAAGAAAUCUGGACACGUGGAAAAGAUAAUAUGAUGAGACUUUACAACCUCCAGGGUGAACUACUGAAGUCAAUCAAAACCAGAUCUGAGAACACCCCACGUGACAUAGCAUUGACAAGGUGUGGAGAUCUAGUGUAUACUGACCUUGAUGAAAGAACUGUAAACAUAGUUAAGAAUGAUCAGACACAGGAAGUGAUCAGACUAAAGAGAUGGAUACCUUUCAAUGUCUGUAGUACCUCCUGUGGUGACCUUCUGGUUACAAUGGACAGUGAUGAUAAAGAACAAUCAAAAGUUGUCCGUUAUUCUGGCUCUACACAGAAACAAACAAUUCAGUUUGAUAGAAAAGGUAAACCUUUGUAUUCAUCUGAUUCCUUUAAAUAUAUGACUGAGAACAAAAAUCUAGAUAUCUGUGUAUCUGACGAUGGAGCCAAAGCAUUAGUGGUGGUUAAUGAGGCAGGAGAACUCCGAUUCAAAUACACUGGUCACCUCUCUUCAACCAAGGAAUCAUUUCAUCCAUCCGGCAUCACAACAGACAGCCAGAGUCAGAUCCUGAUAUCAGACGCUACCUACCAAUGUAUUCACAUCCUAGACUAUGAUGGACAUUUCUUUCGUUACAUUGAUAACUGCGAUCUAAACGUUCCAAAUUGUUUAUGUGUGGAUACUAGAGACAAUCUCUUUGUGGUUGAUUGGGGCAGUGGUAACUUGAAGAAAAUCAAAUAUAUGCAAACAAUUUGUCAAUAAAUAACACGUUGGAUGAGGCUGUUUU